CUGGGGCACAGGAUGGCCCCACAGAGAGCCGUGCAGCUGUCCCUCAAGAAGCCCACCUAUGCCGUGUGUGUGGUGGGAGUAGAGACCUACGUGGAUGUUCACAGUCAUGUGCCCAAGGGCGCCAAGACCUUCGGGGUCUCCGGGAGCUCUGGAGUGAAGGUGUUCAUGGCGUAUGACCCUGCUCGGGUGACAGAACCCACAGGCCAGUCACACUGGCCCCUGGAUGCCAGUGUGGACGUGGUGAUUUCCGUGGACGCCGUUAGCAAGGACAUAGGAGACCUCAAGGUGAAGGUCUCCUACUUCGGGCAGCAGCCGGAGGGCGGGGCUCUGGGCCAGAGUGAGCUCUACAUCACGGGCAUUGAUGUCUCCCUGGACGCCGACACAGGCCGCACCGGCAAGGUGAAGAGAAGCCAAGGAGAGGACAAGAAAACCUGGAACUGGGGUGCAAAGGGCCCUGGAGCUGUCCUGCUGGUAAACUGUGACCAGGACAAUCCCAGGUCCAGGGGGCUGGACCUUGCCAGCAGCAAGCUGAGAUCGCUGGAUGAUCUGCAGGACAUGUCCCCCCUGGUGCUGACCUGCGGGGGCCCAGACCAACUCUUCAAGAGCCACAAGCUGGUGCUGAGCGUGCCGUUCUCCGAUGCCAAGAGAGUGGGGGUCUUCUAUGCAAGGGGUGGGAGUGCUCUCUCGGACUACAAGCAGGUGCUGGGGCCCCAGCGACUGUCCUAUGAGGUGGAGCGGAAGCCGGGCGAACAGAAAAUCAGCUUCUACGUGGAGGGUCUCACCUUUCCCGAUGCCGACUUCCCGGGGCUGGUCUCACUCAGCGUCAGCCUGGUGGACACGGAGUCCCGUCCCGAGGUGCCCCUCUUCACAGACACUGUGACCUUCCGUAUGGCCCCCUGGAUCAUGACCCCCAACACCCAGCCGCCGCUGGAGCUCUAUGUGUGCAGUGUGAUCGACACCCACGGCCCCAAUGAGAAGUUUCUGGAAGACAUGGCUGACCUGGCGCUGAAAACCAACUGCAAGCUCAUUGUCUGCCCGUGGAUCGAGAACAGAAACGACCGCUGGAUCCAGGACGAGAUGGAGUUUGGCUACACCGAAGCUCCCCACAAAUCCUUCCCCGUCGUCUUCGACUCCCCCCGAAACAGAGGCCUGAAGGAUUUCCCCUACAAGAGGAUCCUGGGCCCUGACUUUGGGUAUGUGACCCGGGAGAUUCCGUUUGGGGGUCCCUCCGGCCUUGACUCCUUUGGCAACCUGGAUGUCAGCCCUCCUGUCACAGUGAAUGGCAAAGAGUACCCCCUGGGCCGGAUCCUCAUUGGCAGCAGCUUCCCCAGGUCCGGCGGACGGCGGAUGGCCAAGGUGGUGCGGGACUUCCUGCGGGCCCAGCAGGUGCAGGCGCCGGUGGAGCUCUACUCCGACUGGCUCUCCGUGGGCCACGUGGACGAGUUCCUGAGCUUCGUGCCCACCUCAGACCAAAAGGGCUUCCGGCUGCUCUUGGCCAGCCCCAGUGCCUGUCUCAAACUCUUCCGAGAGAAGAAAGAGGAGGGUCACGGUGAGGCAGCCCAGUUCGAUGGGCUAAGGCAUAAGAAGAAGAGAAGUAUUAACGAGAUGCUGGCCGACAGGGUCCUCAAGAACGACAGUCAGUAUGCACAGAAAUGCAUCGACUGGAACCGGGAGGUACUGAAGCGGGAGCUGGGCCUGACGGAGCGCGACAUCGUGGACAUCCCUCAGCUCUUCACCCUGAAGGGCUCCGCUGCGGAAGCCUUCUUCCCUGACAUGGUGAACAUGGUAGUGUUGGGCCAGCACCUGGGCAUCCCCAAGCCCUAUGGACCCAUCAUCAACGGCCGCUGCUGCCUGGAGGAGAAAGUGCGGGCACUGCUGGAGCCACUGGGCCUGCACUGCACCUUCAUCGACGACUACUUGUCCUACCACGAGCUGCUGGGGGAGAUUCACUGCGGCACCAAUGUGCGCCGGCAGCCCUUCUCCGUCAAGUGGUGGCACAUGGAGCCCUGAGCCUGCUCCCCGCCUG